UACAGAUGACGUCACGAGGGGCAUGACUUUCGUCACCAUGAAGCUCUGGAGACCGACUUUGCUGUUAGCGCUGAUCGGCAGCGGAGGAUUUCACAGAAGCAUGUGCGCUCAGGUGAGCGACUGGCAGAGCGCCAAGUCCAUCUACGAGUUCAAUGCUACUGAUAUCGAUGGCAAUGCAGUGUCUCUUGAGAAAUACAGAGGGAAUGUGUGCAUCAUUGUGAAUGUAGCCUCUAAAUGAGGAAAGACCAAAGUAAACUACACUCAGCUAGCGGGAAUGCACGCCUCCUACGCUGAGCAAGGUUUACGCAUCAUGGGCUUCCCCUGCAACCAGUUUGGAGGACAGGAGCCCGGCACUGAUGCAGAAGUUAAAGAGUUUGCCAAAGGUUAUAAUGCAGAGUUUGACCUCUUCAGUAAGAUUGAGGUGAAUGGAGACAACGCUCAUCCUCUGUGGAAGUGGAUGAAGGAUCAGCCUAAAGGAAAGGGAUUCCUUGGAAAUAACAUCAAAUGGAACUUCACAAAGUUUCUGAUUAAUAAAGAAGGACAAGUGGUGAAGAGAUACGGGCCAACGGAUGAUCCCAUCGUGGUGGAGAAGGACCUGCCCACGUACCUGUAACUGUCUCCUGUGUGUUUAUGUGACUCCUGACCUCUCCCGUGGAAUUGAGGGCAUCUGUGUGUGUCAGUGUCUGGACCAGUGACGGCCUGUCUGUAAACCCAGCAUUGGGAAGGAUGGGCCUGAUGACCCCAGCGUGCAACUAACCAGAACACAACCAUGCCAGACUUCUAAGACCAUAAGAGAGGACAUUUAAUACUUAUGCAAACUGGAGACUCCUUGCAUGUUACUUCACAUUCAGCCAUUCCUAUUUACAAAUACCUUGUCGUCCUUUCUUAAUGUUAAGUGAAAAGUAUUUUCAUGUAUCAAAUGUCCACUUUAAUGUAAGGACAUAGGAUGCCAUUUAUUUAAAUUAUUUUUGAAAAGCUACUGAUAUUAUUUGCACUUAACUUGCAGAAGGGUCCGUUAUUGUAUCUGUUGCCCAUGACUUGUCAUGUGAUAAAAUUGGAAAAUAAAUGCUGUCAAGGACAUUCAUUUGUCUAUUAAAAUAAUAAAUUAAUUAAUUCACUCA